AUGGAAAUCAUACGCCAAGAAGUUGGACAGAUCGAGCUCAUGUCCGAGAAGAAGAACGAUACCGCGUUCCUCAAAAUGCUGGUUCUUGAUGGUUGUUUUAUAUUAGAAUUGUUUCGAAUACUUGGAAAAUCGGAACCGAAAAAGAUCGAGUCUGAUCACCCUCUCGCCUCCGUGGCAUGUGCAAUACCAUAUUUCUACGGAGAUCUUCUUCUGCAUGAGAAUCAGAUCCCCUUUGUUCUUUUGAAAAAGUUAUUUGAAACUUCCAAAAUGCCUGAUGAGGACUAUCCUUUGUCCUUGCUUGCUUUGAGAUUCUUUAACAAGGUAAUGCGCAGAUCCGAAAAAGAUCUCGAAGAGAUGAGCGAGAAAGUCGUGAUCAAUGACAGCUUGCAUUUGCUGAACUUGGUUCGGUCAAGUUUUAUCACCCCCGAUCUAGAUAAGCCACCGGCGACUGUGAAGAAAACAGAAACAGUACCGGCGAUAUACUGCAUCACGAAGCUCCUCAAAGCAGGCAUUAAGAUCAAACUGCGUGAGGCGGCCGACAACUUCUUGGCUGUGAAAUUCAACGAGGACAACGGAGUGAUUGAGAUGCCCAAAAUAACCGUCGACUACUUCAUGCACUCUUUCGUGGUGAACUGUCGGGCAUUCGAGCAGUUGGACAACAAAAGCUCCAAGCACAUCACAGUUUACGCCUAUUUCUUGGACUGCUUAGUAAACACAGCCAAGGACGACGAGUACCUUUACGAACACAACAUCAUUGACAGUUAUGUUGGGAAGAACAGCGAGGUCGUACAAUUCAUCAACAAGUUGGGGAAGGAGAUGGACGUUAAAACCAAUCGGUUUUAUUUAUACGACUUUUUCAGAAAGGUGGACGCUCGUUAUAAUAAAACGUGGAAAAGCAAUUGCGGAGUUCAGCAUAUGCAUGUCUUCCAUGAACAGCUAGAAAGGUGUCCGUAUGGGAAGCUAGAUCAUGCUCAAGUUGUACGCGGUGUGCUUGAUUAG